CUUCUGAAAUCUAAAGGUAUCAGAUUGGAGCGAGGCGUCGUGCAGCCCGGCGGACUACCUGCCCGUAAAGACCCCCGUCACGACCCGAUCUCCCAGAACAUGAUCACCCGGAGCCACAAGCCCAAGCAGGGCCACACCCCCGGGGCCUCUCCAUCCUCCAAGGAGAAAACAAAGGACACCAUCAGCCCCGGUAAACCUCUCUCCCCCCACCAGCCUCCUCAGAGGAAAGCGAAACUCCUCCACGCCUCCGACAACCUAAAGAUGGCGAUAAAUGAAGCGGCGCUCGAAUGCCUCAAAGAAGGCGAGAAAGUUUACGCUGGAGCAAAGUUUAGCGAGCCGCCGUCACCGAGUGUCCUUCCCAAACCACCAAGCCACUGGUUCGGAGAAAAGGAAGCUCCAGAGAGUAGCCAGAGCCGAGAGCAGAUGACCUCUCACCUGAAGUCUCUGCUGAAGGUACAAGAUAAAUCAUGACCGCAUCUCAUGUGGGAUUUACACCUAAUGCCAACAAUUUGAAAAAGAAACAGGCAUUGAGGAAAAAGACUUUUAACACACUGCAAUAAGUGGAGGUUAGUUUUUAUUCACCGUAGUACAUUUUCCCGUGAUUCAACAUGCUGCCUGCAUAUGUGAACAUGUUGGAGAUGUUGUUGCUGACUGACAUGCUGAGCGUGUGGAAUAUUUUCUUGUUGGUCGAGGAAAGAGAACAUUUUAGUUGUAAUGUAGGACAGUGUGUCGUCGAGUCUCCAGCAGCAGCAGCAGUAUCUCACAUCAUGCAAAGUGACGACAGCACUUUCUCUGUGAAUACUUUUGAAAAGGCAGCCAUUUUCUUUCUUUUUUUUAAAGAGCUCGUGCAAAUGUACAUAAUAUAUUGUAAACAUAUAUUUGUGUAUAUUUUUUCCUUGUUAUUUUAACAGAUUUCUAGUUUUGUUACUGAGGUUUUUCCACAAAAAAAAAAAAACGUGAAAAAUAUCCCCUACGGAUCGAGGCAUUUGCUACUUCAGUUUGAGGCUCAAGACGGACUUUUCUAACUGAUUUGCACUGAGAACUGGGAGAGAAAGGAGGGAUUUCGAUGUUCCCGAGCAUGUCCACGUUGAUGCAUUCACCAAGAGAGGACUUCCACAUCCUUACUGGGAAACUUUCAAAAUGGCUACAAUGGCGGACGAAUCAAAAAGCCAGGAUUUACAAUCUGCUAGCUGAAGGGUCUUUUCCUUUAUCACCCGAACGUGGUGCAACGCCAAAAUGUCGGAUCAGGGAUCGUGAGGCUGCUGAAGCCUCAAAGAGACGAAAAGGAAACGAAAAUAUGUCUCAACGAUGUGUCUGAACAAUGUGUCUCAACAAUGUGUCUCAACAAUGUGUCUCAACCAGCUGCUGCAGAGAGCCAGCAUCCAUUAUCCUUAAUGCACUGACUCAGAGUACGUUCACAUUAAGCUAAGAUACAUUUACAAUAUAUUUUUCCGUCUGUUUCAUGGUCUCUCCCCGGGCUGGGCGAUAUGGAGAGAAUUGAACAUCACAAUUUCAUUCUGUCUACGAAAUAGUUUGACGAUAUUGUAGGGUUUCAGAAAAUAUGGGCUGCACAAUUAUUCGUCAUUUUAUCUGUGCGUUAUCCAGAAUUGCAGUAAGCACAAUAUUUGGUAAAAUAUCUGAAGUAUUGUGGAGCUGCAGAGUAGUCUACAAAUUACUCUUUAAAAAAAAUAUUUCUUUGGUGCAGACCCUCUUACAAAAAUCACACUAAUGUCAUUUUAAUAUACGUUCAAUGAUAGUGUGAGUCUAAUAUCCUUCUUGCAAAAUAAGUUAUUUUGUCCAAGUUGUGCGGCCCUAAUUUAGUUUACUAUGUGUGUUUAUUGACUAAGUGGGUAAAGGCAAAGCUAGUACAGUGUGAUGAAUCCAGAAAGUUACACAAUGCAGCCUUUCAAACCAGGAAACACUUAGAAAACCCCAAAACCAAGACUAUAAAUAUCUUGUUUCAUUAACGAUAUAAAUAUCAUUUUAAUAUAUCGCUCAGCCCCGAUCCGUCCACACUGACAUUUUGUGUUUUACACCUGAAGACUCGUUUUUUUUUUUUUCAGAGUUUGUGGGCUUGGCGUUUCUUAUGUCUAUCAGGGAAAACUGAUCUUAGCGUAUGAAGAAAUCCUGCCCGGUUGAGGAGUGUGUGGCAAAAACAACUUCUGUCACUUCCUGCUUCCUCUGUGAUCAUUGUUAUUGUUACAAUAGGAGAACGACCACAGCUGUUUUGUCAGAAUGUCCAUAGUGGAUUGCCAAAGAAAUGGAGAGUUCGUGUCAUUGUUUAAGCAAAAAAAAUCGAAACAAAUGCUGAUUUUAGCUUUAAAAAAAAAGGACAAUUUGCCAUCGAAAUGUUUGGAUUUUAGCACUUUCUUGGAUAGAAACCCAGAAAUAUGUCACUUAACUUCAAGAGGAAGCCCCUUUCUGACAUUGUGUACAAUAAUUGAAAACAAUAGGUCGAUUAAUAAGGAGAAUUAUAAUAUGUUUGAGCCUAUAAGGAUAUGUUGAUCAGCACUGGAUGAGUAACGUGUAGUAUUUAUUAGAUACAUGUUCCAUUAUCUGGCGUUAUGUACAGAUAAACGUAUGUAAGUGAGGGAAACGACAUUAAGUGAUCACAGGAGGAAAGGAAUGAUUGAAGCUGCACGAACGAGAAGAGGUGAUUCUGUUUCAGUGUGGACGCACUUUGUUUUUAAAACGUUUUAAAGAUUGUAUGGCUUCAUGUGGGCGGGGUCUCUUUAUUCUGUAUAUUUAGUCUUUUUAAAGGGGACUCGUUUCACACACUUCACUCCACAUACCUCUUUUCCUUUCUUUCUAAAGCACGUUGAUGUUUACCAAGAGUGCAGUAUGUGUUGAUUUGGCACAGAUGACCUUGUGAUGAUGUACCAUGUGUGUUUUGUUUUUGAUGGUUUCUGUCGACGCAGGCAGCUUCUUGACCUCUGUGACGUCACGUGAAUGGAAAAUUGUAUUACUAGAGCAAAAACUGCCCAUUUUUAUUACAGUGUUUUAAAAUGAUGUCAUUCCAAUAAUGAGAAACACAACUCCAUGCAACCAUUUGGGAAAAGAAACAAAAAGAAGAAGUUUAUUUUAUGAAGAAUGUCUUUCAUAUCUAAAUUAAAAAUUAUAUUAAAAUAUUGACUACCCCCUAAA